UUGCAGGUGCGCAGCAGGGGGCCGCCGUGUUAAGUAAGCGCAGCCGACCAUCCGCGGCACACACGGACACCAGCCAUGCUGCACGCCGCGCUCAUCUGCCUCGCCUUCUGCGCCCAAGCGUCCGUGGGCCAGUUUCGGACGUCGAGCAGCAGCCAGGGCGGGCUGUCGUGCCCGGAGAGAAACGGCCGGUACCCCAAGAGCGGGCAGUGCGACGCAUACAUCCAGUGUGAGGACGGCGUGCCCAGCGAGCAGCUCUGCCCGGACGGGCUGCUCUUCAACGCCAAGGCCUCAAUCUUCAGCUACCCCUGCCAGUACCCACCCGAGGUGGACUGCGAGGGCCGCUCCCAGACACAGCCUGCUCAAGCAAAUGAACGAUGUCCUCGCCAGUUUGGAUACUAUAAGAUGGGUGACUCUGCACAUUGUGGGCAAUUUAUGAACUGUGUGGGAGGACGUGGUUUUGUUUUUGACUGUCCUGAAGGUCUAGCGUUCAACCCUGAGUUACUACGGUGUGAAUGGCCAGAUCAGGUCAAAGAUUGUGAUGCUGAGGCUUUUCUUGGUUUCCGGUGUCCAGAGGAAGCAAUUGGCAGUGAAGACAUACGUUUCUAUCGCAGCCCUGAAGACUGCCAGAGAUUCUUUGUAUGUGUGAAUGGAAAGCCUCGUCUACAGCGAUGUGCUGAUGGCUACGCAUUUAGUGAUGAAUUUGGAGAAUGUGUUGGUGUUGAAAAUGUCACUGCUUGCAAAAAUCAGGCAAAUCUUCGACUGAAGCCAGUGAGGCCUUCAAAGCUGGGAGUUCAGAAACCAUCAGUGCAGAAACAAACAGCACAAAAUCCAAAUCAGUAUCGUUUUGGUUGAGAUAAUUUCAUAUUGUGUCACUGCACCUAAAAAUGAAUGGAAUUUCUGCCUACACAAUCUUUCAAUGAACUAAAAAAAUUAUAAGUUCUCAUGAAAGAUCUCAUUAGAUAACAAUAUACCGAAGCUGGAGUUUGUUGUGAAACAGUAUCAAAUGUAAACUUCUGAAGUCUGUCAAAUAAAGUUCUGUAUUAUAUUUCUGAA